AAUCAAAUCAAGAGAUUAGUGUAGAGUAAUCAACCCAACUUACUAAUUGAGCUAGCAAUAGUAAUAUGGCUUCUUCAGAAUCAUUAGUCAUCGUAAUAUUCUUCUUGCUGCAGUACUUCUUCUGCGAAGCCGUGGGAAUAACAACGGCGCCGCCGCCACCUGAAAACGGAACAGUUGGUAGAUCAAGAGGAACUUCUUCAGCUGUCUUCGUAUUCGGUGACUCGACUCUUGAUACCGGCAACAACGAUCAUAUCGUAACUUUUUCCAAGUCCAACUUUUCCUCUCUAUGGAAGGGAUUUUCCGGGAAGAAUCCCCACCGGUAGAUUCUCCGAUGGAAGGCUCAUUUCCGACUUCAUAGUUGAUAGUUUGAGAAUCAAGUAUCUUUUACCACCUUAUCUCGAUACGAAUCUUCAAGUUGAGGAUCUCAUAACGGGAGUGUGUUUUGCUUCUGCUGGCUCUGGUUAUGACCCCAAGAUACCAAAGAUAUU